AGUGAUAUAUUGUAUCUCUCCUCUAUGGUAGAAUACGAGACGGGGAGCCGCAAUGCUCUUAGUAAAACAUCUGUGAUAGUAUUAACCAAUCAGUGUAGAAGAAACAAAUGAGAAACGAAACCGGAGAACGAUCGUGAUUUGACAAUUCAAACACGUGGAAUUAAAGGGAGGGGUGCCGAAUGGGCGGGCAAGUGCCUGAUUUGCGCAUGUGUUCAGCUGGCUAGUACGCCGUGCAAAGCCACGUGCUUGUUUGGGAAAUACGAUUUAUAAGUGAGCCUGUGUGUGGUGAAUGUUAAUUAUCAUUGUUUUGGUGUUCAAGUUGAUUAUUUGUUAACAUGUUUAUGUUCUGAACACUGUGAUUAUAACUUCGUGAUAGAAUUUCGUUCUUUAAAACUCAAAGUAGCCGAAAGUUACUUGAAGAUGCCGUCACUGAAGAGAAAAAGUAAUUACGAAGAAGAUUUUUCUUGCCAUAUGAAUAGAGUAACACGAAAAAACAAAAAGACGCGAUUGUCUCAGAAUGGUUUUACUGAGAAUGUUAAUACACUAGGUGAAGAUGUUACUUUGCCGGUGUACAAAAGUGAUGAAGCUAAUGACAGUGAGUUAAUAACCCAAAAAUUCCACCAAAAAAAAUUAGUGAAAGACAAUCGAAACGCCGAAAUAUCAAGAGCUCCAUAUGAUUCCAAUGGCUUGGUGUGGAAUGUUUUGGAGAAAGCUGAUGUGACGAAAAGUUGUACAGAUGAAGAUAUUUUGGGCAUUAAGAAGGUGCAUAAAAAUAGGAAAAGCAAAACUAACAGAGGCAGAGUAGAUGAAGAAGUGAAAGUCACAAGUUUGAUAUCAGUACAAAGUUCAGAAGUGAAUGAUGUAAAGGAAGUCAUUUCGAGUAAUCGAAAUGACAACAAUGAAAAUAAAGCUCAACCAAAAGUUAAAAAGAAGCACAAGUUGAAGAAUAAGUUUAAUCAAUCUGAAAUGUGCUGCACCAUUGAAGAUGAUAUGCCAUUAGUUUUUGACAGGGAAAAGUUAAAGAAAAAUGAAGUUCAGAAUAUUGAGAAUACUGUGGAAUCAGAACAGAAUGGUGGGAUAACAAAUCAAAUGCAAGUGGAAGAAGUGAGGCAACGACAAUUUGAGUUGGAGAGGGGAAAGACUUCAAGAAAUGUGAAAAAAAAUAAGAAAAACAAAACCUUGCCAAAUACUGAGAAUAAAGAUGUCAGUGAUGAAUAUGAAAAGAAUGAUGUGAUAAAUGAAGUAUAUGUUGUUAAAAAGGAAAAUGUAAGGAUGGUGAAUGAAGAAUUUGAUGUAACGGAAGCUGAGACAGAGAAUGGAAAUGUAAGGGAGCAAAAGAGAAGUAAAAAGAAAAAACGAAAAACAAAAAGAAAUUCAACUGACAACAGUGAUGAAUGUGAAAAGAAUGAUAUGAUAAGUGAAGUAAGUGUUGUUAAAGAGCAAAAUGUGAGGAUGGUGAAUGAAGAAUUUGAUGUAAGGGAAGCUGAGGCACAGAAUGGAAAUGUAACUGAGCAAAAGAGAAGUAAAAAGAAAAAAAGAAAAUCAAAAAGAAAUUCAACUAAAAACAGUAAUGAAUGGGAAAAGAAUAUGAUAAAUGAAGUAAGUGUUGUUAAAGAGCAAAAUGUAAGGACGGUGAAUGAAGAAUUUGAUCUAAGAGAAGUCCUAACAGACAAUGGAAAUGUGCCUGAAAAAAAGAGUAAAAAGAAAAAAAGAAAUUCAACUGCAAACAGUGAUGAAUGUGAGAAGAAUGAUUUGGUAAAUGAAGUAAGUAUUGUUAAUGAGCAAAAUGUAAGGGUGGUAAGUGAAGAAUGUUAUGUAAAGGAAGCCGAGGGAGAAAUGGGUAAUGUAACAGAGCAAAAGAAGAGUGAAAAGAAAAAACGGAAAUCAAAA